GUGGUAGUAGUUACUCUCUCUCUCUCUUUUUUACUUCAUGGCCACCACCAACAAAACCCACUGAAGCAAAAAAAACAUAAUCAUCAUCAUGAAACACCCUCUGCACCCAGCACUCCAAAAAAGAGCUUCUCUUUCUCAUCAAAACCUCACUUCCCUUAAAUCUACCACUCUCAACACAGCUCACUUCUCAACCCCAACAACACCACCACCACCACAACCAUGAAAGUCCCACUCUUUUUUUUCUCUCUAACAUUCACAUUGACACUCACUUCCAUAGCUCUCUCCGCCCCAUCGCCGCCGCUACCGCCACCGCUCCAACUCGUCUCUCUCCUCGCUCUCAAAUCCAAGCUCAACGACCCGCUCAACACGUUCGGAGAUUGGAACCCGAACACCAAUUUCCAAGACCCAAUUUGGUGCACCUGGUCAGGAAUCAAAUGCCACCCGAACUCGCCGCGGAUCAACACGCUAGACCUCUCUCACCGAAACCUUUCCGGCACAAUCCCAUCCGAUAUCCGAUACUUGACAACCUUGACCCGCUUGAACCUCAGCCGAAACAACCUCGACGGACCAUUCCCAGAAUCCAUUUUCGAACUCUACAACCUCAGAUUCCUCGACAUCAGCCAUAACAACUUCAACUCCACCUUCCCAUUUGGGAUUUCAAAGCUAAGUUUCCUACGUGGUUUCAACUCUUACAGUAACAGCUUCACCGGUCCACUCCCAGAAGACAUAACAAACCUUAAAUUCCUCGAAGAACUAAACCUCGGCGGAAGCUACUUCCAAGGUACAAUCCCAGAAACCUACGGCAAUUUUCCGAGGUUGAAGAUUUUGUAUUUAGCUGGGAAUUUUUUGAACGGUACGAUACCGUUUCAAUUGGGCUCUUUGACUCAGCUCCAACGCUUGGAAAUCGGGUACAACCAGUUAUCGGGUCCAUUGCCUAUAGAAAUCGCUAAGCUAUUCAAUCUCACGUACUUGGACAUUUCUACUGGUAAUGUAUCGGGCACUCUUGCACCCGAAAUCGGAAACUUAACCAAGCUGGAAGGGUUGUUGCUGUUCAAGAACCAGAUUUCGGGCGAAAUACCGGAAAGUCUCGGGAACUUGAAGGCUUUGAAGGCUUUGGACUUGUCCGAUAACCGAAUUUCGGGGCCGAUUCCUUCCGAGUUAGCGAAUUUGAAGGAACUCACACAGUUGAGCUUGAUGAAUAACUAUCUUAUCGGCGAAAUACCGGAAAAAAUCGGGGAUUUACCGAGCCUCGAAAUGUUCAAACUAUGGAACAACUCGCUAAACGGCACUUUGCCUCAGAGGUUGGGAUCAAACGGCAAGCUACAGUGGAUGGACGUGUCGUCGAACUCAAUCACCGGUCCGAUACCACCAAAUCUCUGUCUCGGAAACAAGCUCUUCAAGCUCAUUCUCUUCGAGAACCAGCUUUUCGGCGAGUUGCCGAAAUCUUUAACCGCUUGCACUUCUUUAAUUCGGUUUCGGAUCCAAAACAACCGGCUCAACGGUUCAAUUCCUCACGGUUUCGGAUCCUCACCGAACAUAACUUUCAUGGACUUGAGCAAUAACAAUUUUUCGGGUCCGAUUCCUGAAGAUCUCGGCAAUGCAGUGAAGUUGCAGUAUUUGAACAUCUCGGAGAACCAAUUCGACGCCGUCUUGCCCGAUAAUCUCUGGAACGCGACGAAUUUGAAUAUCUUUUCGGCCGGUUCGGCGAAACUUAUCGGAAAAAUACCGGACUUUUUGAGUGGUUGUCCGAGUCUGUACAAGCUUGAGCUACAAGGCAAUUCUCUCAACGGUUCGAUUCCUUGGGAUAUCGGACACUGCGAAAAGCUCAUUUCUUUGAAUCUCAGCCGAAAUUCACUGACUGGGAUUAUUCCAUGGGAGAUCUCCACCAUUCCUUCUAUCACAGAUGUUGAUCUCUCUCACAAUUAUCUCACCGGCACCAUUCCUUCAAAUUUCGGUAAUGCGACCACAUUGGAGAGCUUUAACGUUGCAUACAAUUUGCUAACCGGACCAAUUCCUACGACCGGUACGAUAUUCCCAAACCUCCAUCCGUCGUCGUUUUCAGGCAACGAAGGACUCUGCGGUGGAAUAUUAGCGAAGCCUUGUGCGAGUGACACGUAUGCAAAUGGUGACGUGGAGGCGAAUAAUAAGCAACAGCCAAAACGCACAGCGGGAGCGAUCGUGUGGAUCAUAGCAUUGGCAUUUGGGAUAGGUUUGUUUGUGUUAGCAGCUGGAACCCGUUGUUUCCACGCGAAUUACAGCAGUCGAUUUAGCAAUGGGAGCAACAACGACCGUGAGAUCGUCGGACCGUGGAGAUUGACUGCAUUUCAGAGACUGAAUUUCACGGCUGAUGAUGUGUUGGAGUGUUUGGAUGCAACUGAUAAGAUACUCGGGAUGGGGUCCACGGGAACCGUUUACAAGGCUGAGAUGCCAGGUGGCGAGAUCAUAGCGGUGAAGAAGUUGUGGGGCAAACACAAGGUUGAAAAUGUGAGAAAAAGGAGAGGCGUGUUGGCUGAGGUGGAUGUGUUGGGGAACGUGAGGCAUAGAAACAUAGUGAGAUUGUUAGGGUGUUGUAGCAAUAGGGAGUGUACCAUGUUGCUCUAUGAGUACAUGCCUAAUGGGAAUUUGGAUGAUUUGUUGCAUGCAAAGAACAAGGGUGAGAAUUUAGUGGCUGAUUGGGUUACAAGGUACAAGAUUGCAUUAGGUGUGGCUCAAGGGAUUUGUUAUCUUCACCAUGACUGUGACCCUGUGAUCGUGCACCGCGAUCUUAAGCCGAGUAAUAUUUUGUUGGACGGUGAGAUGGAGGCCAGGGUGGCAGAUUUUGGUGUGGCUAAGUUGAUCCAAAGCGACGAGUCCAUGUCGGUGAUUGCUGGGUCUUAUGGAUACAUUGCACCAGAAUAUGCUUAUACACUUCAAGUUGAUGAAAAGAGUGAUAUCUAUAGUUAUGGAGUGGUGUUGAUGGAGGUUUUAAGUGGUAAAAGAUCAGUGGAUGCUGAAUUUGGUGAUGGGAAUAGCAUUGUGGAUUGGGUGAGGUCUAAGAUAAAGACUAAGGAAGGUGUAAUUGACAUUUUGGACAAAAAUGCUGGGGCAGCUUGUUCACCAGUCAGGGAGGAGAUGAUGCAAAUGCUUAGAAUUGCAUUGCUUUGUACUAGUAAAAACCCCGCAGACCGGCCUUCCAUGAGGGAUGUUGUGUUGAUGCUGCAAGAAGCUAAGCCAAAGAGGAAAUUGCCUGAGAGGGUGGGCGGUGGCGGUCGGGAUAAUGUUAUUAGUUGUGGUGGUGGUGGUGAAAUUCCUAUGGCAGAAAAACCAGUGGUUGAAUGUUAAUAUAUGACUAAUUUUACUUGGUUUUCCUCUUUUUCUUCUUUUUCUUUUUUCUUUUUUUUUUUUUGUUACUUCUAAAAUUGUGGGGGGAUUGGUAUAGGAGAAGUGAUUUUUCUUUAUUUUUUUGGCUUUCAAUGUUCAUGUUUUCUUACUCUACUUGCUACAAUAUUGUUAUAAAUAUAACUUUCUGUGUGCUCGAGCUUAUAAUUAAUAUCAAGGGUGUAAAGACUUUAAGUGAUGGUUA